AUGACCACUAAACACGUCCUGUGUGAAAAGGUCUUUAAGUUAAAUAUGUUGAAAAGCCCAGCAGCCGAACCCACAACAUUCGCAGUGGUUGGUAAAGGGAGGCAGGCGCUCUCUGACAGCGCGUGAAGGAGGCGUAUCAUUCCUCUCAGUCAUGAGGUUCCUCCGCUCGGGAGUGUUUUUAAUCAUCCGUGGGGAUCAGCAGCUUUAAGAAGAAGAAAGAAGCCUUCAGAGAAACUUUUCACUCAGUUUGGACACCCGGACCGUUGAAACGAGACUUCACCCGCGCGUCGAAUAAGUUCAAGAUUUUCCACGUUCGAGUCCUGAAGCGUUCCUCACAAAUGUGCGCUUUAAUUCCUGAGCUGCGCGUUUGAGCGCUUGUCGCUCGACAGCGCGCCGUGAUCCGGAGGGAUGAUGUGGGGACCAAACGCGCAUUCCCAAUGGUACGUGUCUUGACUCUGUCCAGGAACGUUUGUGCAGAAGUGGGAAUGCUUUUCCGUGGGAUCUGGGCGCUCCGCCGGAGGUGCUGCACUGGUCCCCUUCUGCUGCUGGGGAUAGCGGUCGGGCUGUUUUAUCACACUGUGUCUAUGCACCGGGACAGAACUGAGUUCAAGUCCAAUCAACGGGACCAAAGGAACAAAUCUGCGGUGUUUGAUUAUAAACUACUCCUCAAGAACCCAGAGAGACUCGUAUCUCUACUAGAAGCAUCACAGGCAGACAGUUUUGUGCGUCAUUCUAAGCGCAGCUGUGCUGGAAAAGCCAUUAUUCUGACAGGCCAACAUGCUCCGACGGACACCGAGGUCCAGUUGUACCAGAGAGUCCUACAGCAGCAGGGGUAUAGAGUGGAUCAGGCCCGUUAUGCAGAGACCAGCGCCUCACUCAGACAGGACAGGAGAGAUGGAAGAGACUGGUCCGUCUUGAUUUGCCUAAAGGGCUCUGAAAAAAGUUGCCUGCGAAAAAUCAACUUCGCCCAUCCGCAGCGCCGCCAGAGGGUUAACAUAAUACCAGCCUUUGCCGGAGCAUUUCUGGACAUGGGCGGAGUCUGCCGGUUUUUGACUGACAGCCAGCUGACAGGAGUGACAUUACCAAUACUUCCUUCUGCCUGUGCUUUUUCCACAUCUCCACAAGAGGGAACCCCAAAUGCUGCUGAAGAUGAACGGAGGCAGCCAAUCACACACAACCUCUCGGCCAAUCAGGACCUGAAUGCCACCGUAAACGUAUAUGUCCUGGUUACCUCGGCAACACCGCUGACCGCUUUUGUCCACCGCACAGCCUUGGUCAAAACCCACUUGGAUAAAACUAGUUAUGCCACCGAGUUACAGGUGUUCUUUAGAGAAAGACUGGGUGCUGAUCUCUCUCAUCGGGCCGUUGAGCACAUGAAUCGCGUCAUCAGUGACAUCCUAAAGGCUGCUCUAUUAAGCACAAAGGAGAGCAGCUACUCGCCCAGGUGUCAGCUUUGUUUUCAGUUGAUGACCUUCUCACUGCGCUAUAACUCUUCUCUUCAUCCAGUAGUGGUGAAGCUUCAGACUGAUCUACACUUUGAUGGAAUGAAGGACCCUCUCUUUGACGGACAGAUAGCCAAAGAGUAUAUGCUGGAGGAUGUGCUGAAACUGCUUUUCCCAGCAUGCAGCAGCGAGCCCGUGGAGCCCACUUUUCCAUUUCGAAAACAGGAAGAGAAUAAAAAUUACGGUGACUGUGAAGGGCCAAACGGUCUCUGUCUGCCUCCAGAUGAGAUGAAUUUAUUGCAACAGUUCAAUCAGCACCUCAAGAGACCAGGACCCUUUCAGCUGCUCUACCCUAUAUCUCCUCUUCCUGAUGAUCUCCACCAUGAUCUAAUCCAGACAGAGUCCCUCAGCGCACAGGAUUAUGGAUGGAGACCAGCUCUCAUGGCCUUGCUCCAAGAGCUCAGCCUUUACUACACGAGAAAACAUCAGACCGAGAGUUUGGACAACCCAAAGAGCCCAGAGGCUUCAGACCCGCUGUCAAGAAAAGGGAGGUGUGUUGAUCCCCACCUGAGGCAGUUGUACACAGACCCUCCAUUGGUGCUGAUGCCAGCAUUUAACGCGCUUGAGAAGGAAUAUCGAGCCGAGGUUCCGUUUGAUGUGAUCACUGUUCGAAUCUGGCCAGAACCAGUCAGCCCACACUGCCACAUUCACCUGGACGAACACCGUGGACCCAGGAUGGCUAACUACCCGGUUGGCCUGGGCAACAGCAGAAUCAACAUUCUGGUGAUGGACGAAUCAGAGGCAGAGCCUGUCGUCAUGACGAUAUACACUCUGCACAUAUACCGUGAAAGCAGGCCCAGUCUGCCAAUGUUUGAUGAGUAUGUGAUGUGCAGCUUUGAGCAGGACUGUGGCCUGGUGGUCAGACCCGAUCAGCCCUGCGGUUUGGAGCCCAUUCCAGGGAUGAGAUCUUCAGAAGAGGCCCAGGCCUCACCUCGGCUUUGCCUCUCAGGAGAUGAACCUGGCCGUUGGGUCGUCCCAUGCCUGAGCUGUUCAGACAACAGGACCUGUGAUUGGAGAGAGGUCGCCUGGCAACCCGACAGCUGUUAUCACCCUUUACUGGACCAACCUCAGCUGCAAACCUGCAUGACGGACCGAAGGGUCCUGUUUAUCGGCGACUCCACUAAUCGAGGGAUGAUGUACUAUCUAAUGGAGAGGGUGAACACUACUCUGGAGGACUGGGACAAGGCUCACGACACCAUCGUCUACCACAACCUGAAUCAGGGCCGAACUAUCGUCAGCUACUCCUACUACCCACAAUUCUGGCUGCCGAAGGCUCAGAGACCAACUUUCCAAAGAGCUCUGCAGCAGCUUCUAGAAAGGUCACAACCCCUGGAGAACUCACCUCAGACAGUGCUGGUCGCUGGUGGGGUGCAGUGGCUGAACAUGAACCAUUUGAAGACCAUUCAGCAGGUUUUAGAGAGGGAGGGUCUUGAGAAAAUCAUGGUGGUGGUGAAGUCUUUAGGAAUGGGUUUCCAUCUGCCUGUGGAUGGUAUUCGCUCUCUUCCACUGAAUGGAGUGCAAGAACUCUAUAAUGUGAACAAAAAUAUUCUGGAAAGUGCCAAGCAUCUUGGAUAUGAGGUCAUUGACACUCUCAGCAUCACCAUGGGUCGUUAUAAGGAGUUCCUGCAAGGACGAUGUGCCUGCCAUUUCCAUGAGGUCUAUAAGCUUCCCUUUCCAACCGCUGCUUCGCAAAGAAAGCUGAAGAUUUUGAGGCUCGGUGGAGAAAGCAGGAACCCAGCCGAUGAGCAAACAGGGCCUCGAGAGCGCAAGGAACCGUCGUCUCAGCCCGGCGUGUCCUACCACGUAAAGGGACCAGUGAACGCGGUGUAUUCAGAGAUCCUUCUCAGCAGGAUGUGUGUGAAUCAUGCCGUCAACGGGACCAUUCGCCAACAGUGACUAACAGAUAAUUAGCGGCUGGUGACGCUAACCUGUGCGUGUCUUUCAGGUGUGUGUCUGUAAGUCUAGCUGUGAAUAUGUGUUAAGAAAUCUGC